ACUGGUAUAUAAAGGACGCUGAAACUCUUGGUUGGGAUAUCCACUGACAACUAAGCGACCAGUCGACGAGCACCUGCAUCCUCAACAAGAUGAAAUUGGCGUUGAUUUCCCUGCUGUCGGCCCUUGUGGUCAUCUCGUCUCAACAGCAAUUUCAAUACAAAGCAAGGCCGAGGGGUUUGUUUUGGCUGUCACCUUACUCGCCACAGCAGGGCUUCAUCAAGAACGAUCGACAAUCAGCACAGCUAUAUUAUAGCGACGAAGUUCCGCAUCGCAUCAAUCAGCAGUGGACGACGAGGCCGUCUAACCGAAUUGGUGAAAUUGUCACCUUCUUCAAGAACGAAUAUAUCAAUCCGGAUGGGGUUUUCACUACCAACGAAGAUGGUCUAAACAGCAGCCUCGAGGAAAUCGACGAAUCGGACGAAGACACUCAGGGCAGGAUCAAAUUUCUUCAACAGAAGAACCACGGUCGCUUUUUCUACAGCACAACCAUCAAUAAUCCCUUCAUCAAAACGGCUACUUUUACCCUUUCGUCGACUGUGACCACCGUUGGCUCUAUCGUACUGUGCGUUCCAGCCAACAAUUUGGCAGCUGUUCCGGCACCGACUUGCGCUGGCCGCAGACGACGUGAAACCGAAGAUACCGACAGCGAUCAAUUUCCAAUCUCCCCAUCUGAAACCCUCAAAUCGAUUCCGACGGCUCUUCCUUCGUUGGGUUCGACCCUGCCAAACUAUCGGGAAUCGCGUCACCUGUUGUCACGUGAAUGAACUGCAGGUCGAUCCUCUUCAAGGUAUUGACUCUUCCAAAGACGAAGGUCGUCCUGCCGGAAUGUUGCUGGAAGAUGACCGUAGCCAUCCGAGAGAGAAAAGAUUUUUCGGCAGGGGCAUUGCGGCGUCGACAACUUUAACAUCUUACUCGUUCGUGGCAGCUACGCUUACCAGUACAGUCAUCCUGGAUCCAACUGCAGGAAAUGUUGCCGUUUGCUUACCAGCCGGAUAUGUCGUCUGUCCCUAAAUGUCAUCCAAUUUACCAGCCAUUUUCGCCUUAGAAAACUGGAAAAUGUGUUUUGCUUUGAACCCUAACUUUUGACUGUCUACUGCUUCCUUGUUUUUUGUCAAGUGGCCACAGAUAUUUGACAUUGCAUUUGAAUUUAGUGCGCUAUUGGCCUUAUUAUCCUUAUUAAUAUCCUAUGUACUCUGAAUUUUGAAUCAUUGCUGGGUGUUUGCUAGUUGGUUACCAAAAAAUACAAGUUUAGAAGCAUCAA